AGCAGAAGAUGUAUACAGUUUCUGCUCAGUCUCUUUGAAAGAUAUGGAAUAUUUUGGUUUAAUUUAAAAUAAUCAAAUAGAUUUGGAUAAAACUUGACAUAUUGCAUCGUACAUAAAUUAAAUUGUUAUUUACAUUCACAGGAAAUAGUUUUUUUGAAUAAUAAUAUCUAUUUAUUGUUAUAACCACCUUUUAAUGUUCUUUGGCAGUGAUGUCUUUGGUUUCAGCGAUGGACAACUACACAUUCAACAGUUUGAACCUGCAGAUUGAAGGGUUAAAGGUCACCGUACAUUCUGUGUACCCUGUUUUUUUCUUUUUGCUUAUAUCCUAUAUUUUUAUCAUGUUUACUAAUGUGGGUAUUGUAGUGCUAGUCUGCAUUGAAAGGAGCCUUCACCAGCCUAUGUAUCUGCUUUUCUGUAAUCUACCAAUCAACGACAUUAUAGGAAACUCCAUCAUGCUGCCAAGGCUUCUUAGAGACAUUCUGGUGCCUCCUUCUGAACGCAUAAUCAGCUACUAUGAAUGUGUGGUCCAAGCAUUCUUCUCACAUAUGUUCGGCACUGCCUCUUACGCCAUUCUAAUGAUCAUGGCCUUUGACAGAUACGUGGCUAUCUGUAACCCUUUGCGCUAUGCUACUAUUAUGAACAACAGAAUGGUGAUCAAGCUGACUGUCUCUGCCUGGGGUGUGUCCUUCUUGUUGGUGGCUGUUUUGCUUGGGCUGACCAUUAGAUUGAACAGAUGCAGAGCCGUCAUCACAAAUCCGUACUGUGACAAUGCCUCACUGUUUAAACUUUCUUGUGAGAGUGUUUUCAUUAACAAUGUAUAUGGACUGUCAUUUACUGUGCUUCUCUUCACAUCUUCUAUGGGCAGUACAAUGCUUACCUACGCAAAGAUCACAGCUGUCUGUCUGACCAAUAAGAACAAGGCUUUGAACAGUAAAGCUCUUAAGACAUGCAGCACUCACCUCUCUGUCUACCUUAUCUUGCUUCUAUGUGGAAUGUUGACCGUUCUGAUGCAUCGCUUCCCUCAGCACUCGGAUUACAGGAAGCUGUCCUCCAUUAUGUUCCACAUACUUCCCAGUGGCCUCAACCCCAUCAUAUAUGGUGUACAGUCCAAAGAGAUACGAAAGCUGUUGUCCAAUCUUUUUCUACCAUUGAUUAAGGAUGGAAGCAAUACAUUUGUUAUCACAACACAAUAGAAUGCUGGGAGGUCAAUAUUUAUCGAGGUUUGCCUGACCUAGAUAAACACACAUGUGUCCAGCCGUGUCUCAAGUGAGUCCACCUCGAACUCAAACGUCACUUAAAUUGUGUGAUAUUUUACAUUAUAUAAUUUAGUUAAAUGUAAAAUAUAUUUUAAAUUAUUCAAUGUGUGUUAAAAUAUUUGUUUGUUUAAGUCAUUGAAUUUACAUGUAAAUCGUGAUAGAUUUGAGUAGCUCACAAAAAAUAAUCAUCUUUAUUUAAUAUGGGCAAUAAUCCAGUCAGGUACAUAUGGGAAUUGUGUUUGUAU